AUGGUGGCAAAACGAGAAGCGAAAGCGAGCAGUGUGCCUCCACUGUCUUCGCCUCUAACUUGCCCCACUCUUUCAUCAACUCUUAGCUGGAGAAGACAUUCAGCGACGUUGGACCAAUUAGGCGGUUCAAACUACAAAGGUAGCUUUAGGAUCAUAAAAGGCCUCAAACUACUUAGAGAUGUUAUGAGGAAAGUGAAAGCUUCUAAUUGA